AUGUCUCUCACAUUCAAGCUCCUGUCGCUGGGGAUUCGGACUGUAGCAAAGCCCAUAGGUAACUACAUCAAGCGUCAAGCCAAAGAACAUGAAGGCUUUCGCCGGUUUGCCAUUGGGUCGGCGCAAAGGGUGCAUCGCAUUGACAUGCGACUACGACUCGGACUCCUGCACGAUCCAGAGGCGCAACAACGGAUGCACGAUCGCGAACAGAGAGCCGCAGAAGAGAAGAAGAAGAAAGCAGAAACGCCCACGGUGAGGACAGCCGACGAGCAGAAGAAGUACGACGAGCAGCAAGCACGGGACGAGAAGGAUCGGGCAGACAAGGAGCCCAAAAAGGAGAAAGAGAAGGCACAGAAGAUCAAGAUCCGACCGUUGAGCGACGCGCGUGCGAUAGAGUUGGGCGCCAACUUCUUUUCCGAGACCUUCAUCUUUGGGGUCGCGGUCACGCUGCUGCUUCUGGAGAACUACAGGAACAGUAGGAACAGGAGUCAACGGCGGGAUGAAGUCGAAGAGCGGCUAGAUGCCCUUGAAGCGCAGGUGGAGACAUUGCAAAAGCAACAUCACCUGCCUGAGCUGGAGGCGUUGAACGAGAAGAUCAAGAAGUCGAGAGAAGCCAGGAACAAGACUUCGUGGUACAACCCGGCUGGUUGGUGGAGGAGAACUGAUCCAGAUCUGCCUGAUGAUGAGGACGACGAGGGCAUACCUGGGGAGGUGGAGCACGCCCAAGGAGGGAAAAUUCCUGGCAAUGUUCCUGGGUCUUCAUCGCAGGCUAUCAAGGUGGACUCGCAAGCAUCGAAGGCCGCUGUAGCGAAGGCGUCAGGAGACGGCGAUGCGAAAGGGACUGCCGCGCCUGCACCAGCACGCGUCGAUUCUGUGACAGCUACAAAGAAAGAGAGAUGA